UCCAGUUUAUUUGACCAUUUCUUUGAGUGGCAAAUCCUUGCACGAGUCCUUCCUGGAAAUCAAUUGGGGACCCGAUUGCUUUGGUCCUCCUGACUGGGUUGGAAUCUACGGCCAAGAUCCCGCCAUUUCCAAUUUCCAGCCAGAACUGCGCAUCGAUGGCAUUGCCAAUCGCACUGGGAAAAUGAUAACACCCAUCAAGCUGGGAAAGCUUAAUUUUCCGGGAGGUUGGAAUCGUCAGGAAAGUAACCAGGAUCAACCUGCCACUCGAUAUCCAAAGGGGAAGUGCCUGCCCCAUUAUGUGGCCAGUUACAAUGGCACCGAGCUCCUCACAGUGGACUGCCUCAAAAUACAACCCAAUUGGAUGGGUCAGAUCAAGGACAUAGGACUGAUGCCCUUGAAGAACAUAUUCUUUCCGGGGACACAUGCCUCGGGAGCCGUGGUGGGAGUCGGGUCCAAAACCAAGUCGGCUCUUGUAAAGGAUUAUCUUUUAGCCCAACAACUAGAUGUUUGGUCGCAACUGGUUUUUGGGAUUCGUUAUUUGGAUAUCAGUGUGGGCUACAAGUACAUGGACAGCAAUAAUGAUGCGGACAACUUUUGGGUAGCGAAUGAAAACAUGUUCAUCACUCCUCUGGUGGGUGUCCUGCGGGAUGUAAGGGACUUUGUGAAGCGAUCUGGUGAGCUGGUGGUGCUCGAUUUCAGCAGUUUCCCUAUAGGAUUCUAUAAGCACCCAGAAGUCUAUAGUUCCCUGUAUCACCUUCUGCGCCAGGAGCUGGGCGAGGUGGCCUAUAAUCCCAAUGCCACCAUGGAGGUGCAAUGUGCCCAUCGGUAUGUGGAGGAACUACUCCAGGCGGGAAUACGUGUGGUGAUACUAUUUCCCAAAGAGGAACUCCCACAUCCUGAAAAUGAAUCUAAUGUCCUUUGUGUUCCUUGGCAACGAUUCAGCACUAGCUACAUGAACAUCUCCCAGACCCUGGACUAUAUGCGUCUCUUGUUUAGCAAAAAGAAGGACUCUCCGGUUCAGGAAAAUGGUUGGAUAUUCACGGCAGUUCGUGGUCUGGAGCAGACCCUCAACUCCCACAAAAUGCUAACGGCCAAGGAGCGGGCAGAGGUCCUUAAUCCCAAGGUGAAUCGUUGGCUCAAAGGACCCUGGGGCAAAAACGCCAAUGUGGUGUCUAUGGAUUACUUCAGCAAUACCAAUAUCGUGGAUUUGGCCAUACAAGUUACGACUCACAAGGCCUUUGUUAUGGCUAAUGUGGAUUUUAUUAAUUUAGAAAUUUUUAGUUGAAUUUUUUAUACUUUCUAACCAAGUAUUUUGUUUCAGUGUAUUAAAAAGAGUUGGCAGCUCCUAGUUUAGCUUAAACACAAACCAUCUUAUAAGAAAAUAUUUAGUCUUGAUUCAAACCCCUGUUAAACAAGUUUUAGCAAAGAAACAAACCCCAAAUAGACCGUUGAGAAAAAUAAACUACAGUUUUUAGAGAUUUUUUAAUAAAUUAAUUAGAAUUAGAA